CGGCUCGCCCGGUUUCCGCGCGGCCGCUGCUUUCCGGCGCUCUGCCCCGCCCCGCGCUCGCUUGGCCUCUGUGUCCUUCUCCGGGAGGGCCUUCCGCUUCCUUCCGCACCCCGCGCCUUUCCCUGCCCCUGCGCGGUGAGCUCAUGGUGGAGCGGGAGUGCGGGCCAGCAGGGGGCGCGCUGGCAGCGGAGCGGCGCUCUGCACGGCCGACUUCCGGUUCUCUGUGUCCAGAGGGAUCGGGACUCUCCAUGGCGCGGCCGCGCCGGGCCCGGCGGGAGGGCGGCGGCGGAGCGGCCGUGCCCCGGUGAGGAGCCGCGGGCCGCCGACAUGGAGCCCGAGACGCUGGAGGCGCGCAUCAACAAAGCCACAAACCCCCUGAACAAGGACCUGGACUGGGAUGGUAUCAAUGCGUUCUGUGAGCAGCUCAAUAAGGAGCUAGAGGGUCCUCCACUUGCCACCCGGCUUCUUGCCCACAAGAUCCAGUCUCCACAGGAAUGGGAAGCUAUCCAGGCCCUCACGGUGCUGGAGUCCUGCAUGAAGAGCUGUGGCAAACGCUUCCACGAUGAGGUGGGCAAGUUCCGCUUCCUCAAUGAGCUCAUCAAGGUGGUGUCCCCUAAGUAUCUUGGCAGCCGGACAUCAGAAAAAGUGAAGUCAAAGAUCCUGGAGCUGAUGUACAGCUGGACAUUAGGGCUGCCUCAUGAGGUGAAGAUAUCUGAAGCCUACCAGAUGCUGAAGAAGCAAGGGAUUGUGAAGUGUGACCCCAAACUUCCCGAUGAUGCUGCUUUCCCACCACCUCCUCCUCGACCCAAGAACAUCAUCUUUGAUGAUGAAGAAAAAUCCAAGACACUGGCUCGCCUCCUGAAAAGUUCCCAUCCUGAGGAUCUCCGGGCUGCCAACAAGCUCAUCAAGGAGAUGGUUCAGGAGGACCAAAAGCGCAUGGAGAAGAUCUCCAAGAGGGUGAAUGCCAUUGAGGAGGUGAACAACAAUGUGAAGCUGCUGACAGAGAUGGUGACAAACUACAGCAAGGGGGAGACAACGGAGAGCAAUGAGGACCUAAUGAAGGAGCUGUAUCAGCGCUGUGAGCGCAUGAGGCCCAUGCUUUUCCGUCUCGCCAGUGACACAGAAGACAAUGAUGAAGCUCUAGCUGAGAUUCUGCAAGCUAAUGACAAUCUGACCCAGGUGAUCAAUCUCUACAAGCAGCUUGUACGGGGAGAAGAGAUCAAUGGGGAGACAGUGGCCAGUCCCCUUCGAGGCAGCACCUCAGCACUUCUAGAUCUGUCUGGCCUGGAGCUUCCAGCAACAUGCCCUUCCUACCCAGCCUUGCCCACCCUUUCAGGUGGCUCAGCAGUCCCUGUGCCUGACCAAGCUGGCUCUGUCUCCUUGCUCGAUGAUGAACUCAUGUCUUUAGGCCUGAAUGACCCAGCACCACAUCCUGUCCAGGCCAGUGACAGCAGUGGCUGGAACAGCUUCCAGUCAUCAGACAGCAAUGAGCUCAGUAUCACCCCUAUCAUGGCAACACCACCAGUCAAAGCAGAUGCUGGUGCUUCCUCCCCCAAACCAUCUCCUAGCAGCAGUGGCCUGGAUGACCUGGACCUUCUGGGCAAGACACUGCUGCAGCAGUCUUUGCCUCCAGAAUCUCAACAAGUGCGAUGGGAGAAGCAGCAACCACCCCCUCGGCUCACCCUGAGGGAUCUGCAGAACAGGAGCAGCUCUGGCACCACAGCCCACAAUCCCAGUGCUCCACCUGUGCUCCAGAGUAUUUCCCCUAACCCCACGCUGCCUCUGACCUCAGAGCUGCCUGUCCCUGCUGCACUUCCAAAAGCUGCCACGACACCAGCAGGAAGUACAGUAGUGCCACCACGGCCUCCUGCCACUGCGCUGCCCCAGGAGAUCUCGCUGGCCAACAUCACUGUGCCUCUGGAGUCAAUCAAACCCAGCAGCCUCCUCCCUGUGACAGUGUAUGAUCAGCAUGGCUUCCGUGUCCUCUUCCACUUUGCUAAGGAUGCCCUGCCCGAGAGGCCUGAUGUGCUUGUGGUGGUGAUUUCUAUGCUCAGCACAGCCCCGCAGCCCAUCCGCAAUAUUGUCUUUCAGUCUGCCGUCCCCAAGAUAAUGAAGGUGAAGCUACAACCUCCCUCAGGCACGGAGCUGCCAGCAUUCAAUCCCAUUGUCCACCCCAGUGCCAUCACCCAAGUCCUGCUGCUCGCUAACCCACAGAAGGAGAAAGUGAGGCUACGGUACAAACUGACCUUCACCAUGGGAGAGCAAACCUACAAUGAAAUUGGGGAUGUGGACCAGUUUCCCCCACCAGAAUCCUGGGGAAACCUCUAGGGCCACAUGUUGCAGGCACUACACUGCAGAUUCCUUAGGAAGCCAACCCUGUGGGGCUGGACAGCCAGAGGAAAUGGGAGGGUUGGGUGGGGGCUGAUGCUCACGCUCUAUUCUCCAUAUGGCCAAGCAAGGGCCAAAGGGAGCAUGCUUCAAGGAGGAGAGCAGAGAUGCCAGGUGAUGUUACUCUCACAAGACUAGAAGUGGAGUGUAAAGCUUCAUGUGUGAACAGUUGCCUUCCCUGCUCUUCUGAUGAUUACACUCCCUCCCCAGUCUGUCCAGCUUCUCUUCUAACCCUGCUUUCCUGCUUUAGGUGCAUAGGGGAACAAGGACAGGGAGCUUUAACAACCUCAGCCCAGGGCAAGGCUUAGCAAAGGAAGAUCCUUUUCCUUGUCUGCCCCCUCCACACUUCUCAGCCCUUUAGCUACUUCAUCUUCUAUGGUGCUCUCACUUGUCCCCCUUGCCCCCUCCUUAGAGCUGGGCCCCAGUGAUUCCAUCUGGUGGGAUCAUACUGGAGCUGAUGAGGAACAGGGCUGAGCAGAGCCUAGGUAUCAUCUUUCCAGCACCAGAGAGCAGACAGCUGUCUUUGCUUUGGUGGGGGUGGGGAGGGGUCGGGGGGAGUGAUCAUCACAUAUCUCUGUCCUAGCUGCUUACAGAGCUGUUGGUGAGAGGUGGGGCCUCAGGGGCUGGGAAGGGCUUGUUCUCUGCCUUCCUAGCCCCUUCAGCUGGCAUUCUGAACCCCUACAGCAGGGAAGCCUACACCAUUCCCACAGGCUUUAUCAUAGUAAGCUUUAGGAAUAGUGGCAAGAGAGGACCAUGCUGUGGGGGUUGAGUCUGCCUGCAGCCUCCUGCCAGAUGGAGAGAGGAAGCAGCAGUGAGACUUCCUUUCCCCGGCUGGGCUGGAGAGCUCGGUGGGGCAAGGGGGUUUUCUCAGCUCUCCAGUGUCCUCUCACAGAGUGGUGAGUGAUGGGCUGGGAGUUGGGGGGAGAUGGGAGCCCAGCUCAUCACCACAAAGCUCUGCACUGGGGCUUGGGGGGGGGGGUUCAGCUGUGCCUUGUGCACCUUUGCUGCAGCUGAGGGCGUGCCUGGCUCCCUGUGGUGGGGAGGGGCCUCACCCCAGCCGCCCGAUCACUGUGACACAAGAGCUGGGAUCUGCAGGCACAGAGGAGACCGAGGGUAGCACAUCCCAAGCAAUCCCCAGUCCCAUGGCACUUAGGACUGUGGGAGCUGCUUCCCAUCCCUAAACUGGUUUGGAGAGGGCCUGAUCAUAGAAAGCAGAGGCAAGCUGUGCUCUGCAUUGGCUUGUCAGAGGUAGAAGGAAGCAUGUGUGAGAUGGAGACGAGCAGGGUGCCUCGCACUCCUGGCUCGGGCAGCGAAGGUGAUGUGUCAGAGCUGGGCACAGCGGGCAGUAAAGGGGAGGGGGAAGCAAGGUGUUUAUGCUGGGAUUCUGCUGUCUUACUUCCCUUUCCCAUCUCUUCAGGGUUUUGUAUGGGUUUUUUCUUUGCAGAUCUUGUUUGGUUCUUGAAUAGACUUGUAUAUAUUUUCAGUGCAAAAUUCUGUAAAUGGAAGAAAACAAACAUUUAAAAUGAGACGCCCGGCGCGAAGAAUCUGCUGUAUUUAUGGGAAAUAAAGAGUUCUUUCCUCA